UUAACCGCUCAUAUCGACCAUAUUAUCUCCCUGAACUGCGGCACGUACUGGGCUUAUACCAGUCGAUCCUCCCUCCUACGCUCUGAACAUAUACAUCCACGACUCGCCUUUUCCCGAGAGUUGGACACACACACACACACAUACACCACAUCACAGCCAUGCCUUUAUUAUCAUUAACAAAGAGAUACUACUGUGUCGACGACUUUGCUGGAGGAAGGGAAUGCUAUGAAGGUGAUGAUGGUUUUUGGUACACAGAUAAAGGCAUAAUCGUGAAAUGGAUAAUACUUGCAUCGUUCUUUGUCAUCUUCUUCGGAUGGUUCGUAGGAGGUCGUAUCCACGCAAAGCAAAGGUUAAGAAAGGGCCUUCCACUGCUCGGAUACCAUCGCUUUCUGAUAUCCUACUCGGAACGUCGCCGCCAUGGCCAAGUCCCCCAGAACCACUUCACCUUUUACCAAACACAAAACCCCUACGCACCCAACCCACAGUACACACAGAGGCAGGACGGCACAUGGGCGGAACCCCCGCCGCUGUACCAGAACACCGAUGCGCCACCACAAUAUUUUGCGCCACCGCCGCCCGGUGCCACCAAGGCGAACCCUAACCAAGGGGCGCAGGCUAUGGAGAUGCCGUUGUACGGUGCACCACCACAAGGAGUACCUCAGCAGACGGGACCUCAGCAGAGUGGUGUCAUUGGUGCGGAUGUAGAACAGGGUCAAACACAGGAGCUACCACCUCGACCGGCAAAGGCGAAGCUUAUGGGUGUAUUGGAUCGCUUUAGACGGUAGACAGAAUACAUAAGAAGAUGGCGCAAGCGCUGGGAAGAAUACGUGACUGGAUCACGUUUAUUGCAUUCAUGUAUUAACAAGCUGUUGAACCAUAUCUCUAUAAUAAUUUGAUGACCAAGCAGACGUAAUAUUCAUUCACUCAAUAAUCAAUCAAUCAAUGUCCAUGGCAUCGCCGUCUCCGUCUGCAGGUGUUGCCGUAGGUUGGGGUAUCGCAUCCAUCAUCCUGUCUUCUCUAAUGAUAGGACCACUACUGUGGUAGU